AUGCUCAAGGCGACGUACCAGGUGCUGCCAGCAGCGGCCUCUACCGAGAAGGGAGAGCGGAUGCUCUUCCGUGGCCUGCCCAACAUCCUCCCCUUGGACAAUGCCACGGAUCCGGCUGAUGAUCAGGGAAUAGGUGCCAAGGAGCUCAAGAAGAGGCGCUAUGCUGCCAAGUCCGCCCUGCAAAAGCGAUGUAACCUGAAUGAGGAUCCUGGAGCAAAGAUCCUGAUCUUCAUCGGUCGCUGGGUCAAGCAAAAGGGGGUGGACCACAUCGCCAUGCUGACAGAGGACAUCCUGCGCAGCCAGCAGAACGUGCAGAUGGUCCUAGCAGGACCCCCCGAUGACCCUUUCGGGCUCUACGCGCAAGAAAUGCUAGUACCGCUGCGGGCGAAGUUCGAAGGUCGGCUUUUCGUGUGCACGGAGUUCUUCUACCUGGAAAAGGAGCUCCGUAGAGGAGCCCACCUUUGCUUCACGCCUUCAUGCUCCGAGCCUUUUGGCUAUGUGGAUGUCGAGUUUGGCUUGCUUGGCGUUCCUUCCGUGGGCUGUGCAAUUGGUGGUUUGGGCAAGAUGCCAGGAGUCUACUUUCGCCAGCAAAAUGCCGACUCCCCGCACAUGCUCCUGGAAGCCUUCCACUGCGCUGUGGACUACGCUUUAGACUUGCCUGACGAGGAGUACUGGCAGAUGGCAAAGGCCGCCACUAGGGCCGAGUUUCCGUUCAUCAUCUGGAAGGAGAACCUCAAAGAGGCCUAUCAUCUCGCCCUGACACACUUCAAGGACCCAUGUGAGCCUGCGGCAUGCCAGGUGAGCUUACUGCAGGUCUUUCUAGUCAAGGAGCAAGGAUCUCCCACCGCAUUCGCCAUGUCGCCCUUGCAAGCUUGGCUGAGCUGCACCUCGCGUGCAGAAGAGGCGGUAGCACAUGCCCUUGGUAGGGGAGCCAAGGCAUGUGCUAGAAACCCGUGGAAGUGUAUCACAGUCACCGUUGCGGGCUGCUUGCUCUGCGCCGUGGGCGUAGUGCGCUUCUCGGCUGUGAACCAGGCUCGUGAUCUCUGGGUUGAUCAGAACUCUCAGGUGAUGAAGGACUUGGUGUGGACCGAGAACUACUUCACGUUUUCAGGGCGGGUCAAUCGCGUCCUGGUCACUGCCAAGGAUGGCGGCAAUGUCUUGCGAAUGGACACCAUGCCCGAGCUCUUUCGCUUGGCCGACGACGUCAAGGCGCUUGUUGACGAGAAUGGAAAGAACUUCUCGAACUUGUGCAUCGAAAUCCCGACUGGCUGCCUGAACAAUGGCAUGCCCCGAUACUUCGGAAGAGGCAUCUCGGCCGACUUCAACUCCACGGUCCAGAACCAGGCUGACAUCCUGACCGCGGUGAACAAGGCCAACUACCCCGACGGUGCUCCGGCCUUUGCCGACGACAACAUGGGCGGCAUCGUGCGUGACGUCAAUGGAAGUGUCAACAGCGCCACUGCUGCCCGCGUAGAUUUUAUUGUGACCGGCACCGAGGAGGCUAUGAUGGCCUGGGAGCAGGCUCUAUUAGAUCACUUCACCAAGGACCAGCUAACAGAGCAGCGCUACACCUACAUCAACGCAUUCGUGCAGUCCCAGCGCUCCCAAGAUGAUGAGCUUAACCGCACAGUGCGGGCGGACAUCCCCCUGUUUGCCAUUGCCUUUGUGCUGAUGGGAUCCUUUUGUGCGGUCUUCCUUGGCAAGGCUGCAUCCUGGACACAGAGUAGGAGGCUACUCGGGUUCGUUGAGUUCUACCUGGUGAUCUUCGGGUGCAUCGCUGGUUACGGCACCUGCAUGUUGAUCGGGAUUCCCUUCACGGUGCUGCAGCAGAUUCUUCCAUUCAUCUUGGUCGGCAUUGGUAUCGACGAUGCUUUCGUGAUCUCCGGAGCCUUUGAUGCCAUCGACCCCUCUUUGAGUAUUCCGGACCGGAUCGAGAAGGCAAUUCAGCGAGUUGGUGUCUCUAUCACUUUGACCAAGGUGACCUCAAUCGCCUCUUUCCUUCUUGGAGCAACCUGCGUGUUCCCCUCAGUUCAGUUUUUCUGUGUCUAUGCCUCAUGCUCCGUCUUCUACAUCUGGCUUCUCCACUGCACUACAUUCUGUGCGCUCCUGGCCCUUGAUGCCCGCCGUGCCGGCGCGGAGCCUCCUCGCCUGGACCCGUGCUUCUGCAUCGGGGCCAAGGCCUCCUGCAUGCCAAACAAGACCUCUGAGGCCCCAUCGUUCCUGGAAACCGCUCUUGUGGCCAUGAUCCGAUUCCUGACAAGCCACCCAGCCAUUUCCAUCGCGUGCAUCCUCAUCUUCCUUGCAGUGGCAGCAGUGUCUGCUUGGCAGGUCAGCCUCGGGCUUAGCACUGACUUUGACAUCAUGGACCUGUCGCCCGACCAGAGCUACCUGCGCGACUACUACAACCAGGAGAGGGUCCACUUCGGCGGCCUCUCUGCCGGUGGCCUGGCGCUUCCCUGCGGGUAUUAUGUCAUGGACCAGGACUUCAGCUCCAUGGCAGUGCAGCGCCACUUGGAGGAGGUGGGAGCGGGGCUGAUCGCGCUGACCAACGUCAAUUCUGAUCGUGGUCUGCAGUCUUGGCACUCCGUCUUUACGUAUUGGGCCGUGCAGAACAAGGGUUCGUUGGCCUCUUUGCCUGACAGUGCUUUCACGGCAGUCGACACUAACCGCACGGGCUGCGAGGCCGGCUUGCCUUCCGGGGUCACGACCUGCACCAGCUUUCUGGUGACUGGCACAACCUUCGUCACCGCUGUGCAGGAGUUCCUCCAAACCAACUGGGGACGCGCCUUUGAAAACGAUGUGGUGGUCCAGAACGGGCAGAUCAAGGUGGCCCGUCUCCGUGCCACUCACAUCGACACUUCGAACAGCAAGGAGCAAAUCGCGGUCCUCGAGGAGGCAGAAGCCUUUACCAAGCGGUGGCAAAGUGUUUUGCCUGGAAGCUUCAUGAACGCCCAGGCCUACAUCUUCUUUGACCAGUACCGGAUCAUCGUGGAGCAGAUGACUGUGAGCAUUGGGCUCUGUCUUGCGGCUGUGCUUCUCAUCAGUGCGCUGGUCCUGGCUCAUCCCCUUUCGGUGUUGGUGGUGCUCCUUGUGCUCGCCCUUGUGUUCAUGGACUUGAUGGGCAACAUCGUACUUUGGGGGCUGGCCUUGAACUCCAUUUCGAUGAUCAACCUAGUCAUGGCUGUCGGACUGGUGGUGGACUACUCCAUGCACAUGGCGCAUAGCUUUGGGCUCCAGGAUCCUUCCUUGCCCAGACCCAAGCGGGCGGAGCUCGCCAUGAAGGAGAUGGGGCAGCCCAUCUUCCUCGGUGUUAGCACGACCUUCUUGGCAAUCCUUCCUCUGGCCUUCUCAUCCAGCCAGGCCUUCCGCGUCUUCUUUAAGAUGUUCUUCGGCAUUGUGGUGGCGGGCGGUUCGCACGGUUUGAUCUUCCUUCCCCUUUGCAUGUCCGUGCUUGGACCCAGUGUGGCCGCCAAGUCCACUAGCGUGGAGAACAUCUCAAACCUGGACGAAGAGGCAGCAGCUGGAAAGGUGGCAGAGACUAAGUAG